ACAUUUGGCAACGCGAACCGCACCGCUGAAAAAGCCCGUCGCUGAAAUCUGAAAGAAAAGAAAAAACGGCAAGCACGCGGCAAGUUGGUCUAACGCAAAACUUCGUUCCAGUGUUUAAAUUUAGAUAAAAUUCUUCUCAUUUUCAAUCCGUAUCGACUGAGAUCGUGAUUUUCUUUCAAACAUCAAAAAAAAAGUUUCAGCAGUGUCUGUGUCUUUGAAAAGUGCAUUUUUGGCAGAGAGAAUAAGAUGCCUUCGCUAUCGUCACCCACACAAUCAAUGGAUACCGUAUACCCAGAACCUAUGUCAAGGUUAAAUAGGAGAGUAAUUCCUAAGAAAAGAAGAGGAGGUUCCACAAGAUAUCGAACUCAACCUGUUACCUUUUCAGAAAUCCAGGAAGUGGAUGAAGAAAACGUCACCGAAGAAGCCAUCCCAGAGUCAUCUACCUCCAAAUCAGAACUAAGUCUUCUGAUCAACAGAAAAUUCGAAGAAUUCAAGAAAACCAGAGACAUAGACUUUAUUGUUAGUGAUAAAAUCGAUGAGAUAUCUACAACAGAUAGUUCCACCAAUGUUAAAACUAGUGUUCCAAUAACCACCUGCAGAUCAAUAGGAAGGUUGCCUUCGCGGCCAUCGUUUUAACGUUUUUAUUAUUAUAUAUUAUUAUUAUUAUUAAUUUAGGUUUAGAAUGUUAUUAAAGGCUUGAGUAUAGAUUUUGUACCAUGACAGUUGUGUAAAUAAACAUGAUAUAAAAGUGCGAUAA